AUGCCACGUUCAUCUCCUCUUCGUCCACCACCUGACUAUGCCAAACUACGUAAAGACCGUGCGGUAUCAAAAGCAAAAAUUUGGGAUGGCAGCCUCGUCUGGUUGGUGACUCGACACAGUGAUGUUCAAAAAGUUCUCAAGGAUCCACGCUUCAGCAAGGUACGCACGCUUCCGGGAUUUCCAGAAACAGGGCCUGGAGGCAAAGCGGCAGCUCGCGAAACUAAGCCGACAUUUGUCGAUAUGGAUCCACCCGAACACACUCGUUACCGUGGAAUGAUCGAACAAGAUUUCACAUUCGAGAAGGCAGAAUCAAUGCGACCCAAUAUCCAACAGAUUGUUGACAAUCUUCUCAAUGAGAUGCAAGCUCGUCAAGUGGAAAGCAAAGAAAAGAAUCCUGAUAACGACAUUAUUAGUCGUCUAGCAACCGAACAAGUACGUACGGGCAAAUUAACUACUGAGGAAUUAGUGGCUAUGUCGUUUCUCCUUUUGGUUGCUGGCAAUGCAACAACAGCAAACAUGAUUACGUUUGGUACUCUUACACUUCUUCAGCAUUCUGAUCAGCUCAAUCAACUUCGUGAAGAACCAUCUCUUAUCAAAAGUGCAGUUGAAGAAAUACUACGCUAUCACACAGGCUCACAAUUUGCUACUCGUCGAAUAGCCAUUGAGGAUGUGGAAGUCGGUGGUCAAAUAAUCAAGAAGGGUGAAGGAGUGUGGGCUCUGAAUGCGUCAGCUAACGACGACGAAGAUUUUUUCUCGAAUCCAUCCCGCUUUGACAUUCGUCGUCAACCAAAUCCUCAUCUUGCAUUCGGUUAUGGUAUUCAUACAUGCAUUGCGGAACACUUAGCACGUGUUGAGAUAGAAAUUGCCAUUGGUACUCUCUUUCGUCGAUUACCUAAUCUUCAGCUUGCUAUUCCAGUUGACAAAUUGCCAUAUGUCACAGAUCCAGCACGUGAUUUUGGCGUCGCUACACUGCUUAUAAAAUGGUGA